AUGCUGCAAAACAACGAGUACUCCAAAAAUGACAUGUUUCAACAUGACAAGAAAGAAAUAAGAGUGGGUAAAAAAUUAGUUGCAGAGAAUUGUGGAUUGUAUAUGGAUGGAAAUAAGAAUGCUGGUGUUGUUUGUAAUCGAAUCACCGAAUUAAAUAUAAACUCCAGAAAGAAAACAUCAAACAACAAAAGUGAUAGUUCACAGAUGAAAAAUAUUUUAAAUCAUAUAAAUCAUAAUUCAUUAGAAUUAAUACCUUCAAAAAGACCUUUAAUCUCUUAUUCUACAUAUGAUAAUCAACAAAAAUAUUUUGAAACUAAACUUGUUCCUGACUUACAAGGAAAAAUGAGUAUUUGUGUUGGAAGAAAAAGUGGAAGUGCUACUGUUAAUAUAAAUAUUGAUGAUUAUGAUCUAGAAAAAACUUAUCAUACAUGGAAAAAAAUCACAGGAAAAAAUUAUUUACACAAUAAAUCCAACUUAGAAAAUAAUAUUUUUUUAACUGUUGCAGAUGAUGCAGAAAGAAGUGAUAAACUACCAAUCAUUCAAAAUAGAAAUCCUCCUUUGGCAAAUCCUGAUGGCCCAUUCGAAAAAGAAAGACUCAAUUUACCUAAACAAGCAAGAGAUAAUCUAGAUAGAACAUUAACACCACUAGCCAUAUGCGAAAAAAAAAAUAAAACCUCAAAAAAAAAAAAUAUACAUAUUCAUAAUGAUUCAUUACUACUAUUAAAACCUCAUGAAAAUGUUAUUACUGAACAUAUCAAAGGAGUUAGAAGAACUAAUUUUCCAUGGAUUCAAUCUAAUCGUAUCAAACAUAUUCUCAACUAUAAUUAUGCUCAUCCACAAAAUGUAACCGAAAAACACCUGAACAAGUCAGGAACUAGCCAAAAUUGUAAUUAUGAAACAUAUCUAAAAGGUGUAUUUGCUGAUAAAUCAGAGAAUGAAAAAAGAGAUAUUAAUGACAGAUUAUAUAAUAAUGAUUAUGAGGAAGAUCAAAUUGUAGAUGAUAACCAAUUAAAAAAGUAUAACAAUAAUUAUGAUGAUAAAAAAAAUAAUUAUGAUGAUAAAAAAAAUAAUUAUGAUGAUAAAAAAAAUAAUUAUGAUGAUAAUAAAAAUAAUUAUGAUGAUAAUAAAAAUAAUUAUGAUGAUAAUAAAAGUAAUUAUGAUGAUGCAUAUAACGAAAAAGAUAUAACAUUAUAUAACCAAAACAAUUAUAAGAACGAUGAAAAUAUGUUUCAACAAUAUAAUAAAAAAUAUAAUGAUCCACAUAAACAUAUUGAUUAUCUUAGUUAUGAAAACACUUUAGAUAACUGCAAUAGUCUUAUAAACCAAAAAACAAAAAAUUAUAAAGACACACAAAAUUAUUUGGGAAAUAAUAAUUAUAAUAUUCAACAUAACAAAGGGCAAUACCAGGUUCCAAAUUAUAAUACACAUGUUGAAACUCCACAAAAUAUAUACAAUAGUCAUACAAGAAACUGUUCUAAUAAUUAUGGUCAAGAAAUAAAUAAUGUAGUACAUAAUCAACAGGAACAUGUAAAUGGGAAUAAUAAUUAUUAUAAGAUAUCAUCAUUUGAAAAUAUGUUAUAA